GUUUUCGAUUCUGUCGUGCCUGUACGCGCUUUUCAUUCGCGCUCGAACAUCUGUAACCCCUACACCGCUUAUUUCGUGUGCACACGCGUUGUUCCAUCCUCGACGCCAUUCUAUGCGUAUGCAUGUACAAGCAUCCGCAUACAUACCUAGGUGGGCUGAAGUGAACGCAAACUCCCCUUCCCUCCAUCCAAUUCCAUCCAACCUCGCAUCUCUCCGCCUGUCCAUCCUGCCUGCCCUGCUCGUUGCGUUUAUACUCCCUGGUUCUCGCAUUCCCACUUCUAUCAGUCCCUUCUUCCUCUCUCUGUCCCGUGUCUCUCGCCUCUGUUGGAUAUCAAACGCCCUCGGCCACGCGACUGGUUACCACUCAGCGCCUGUAUAAAUUUCGACAUGAUGAGCUGUUGAACUGUACGAAUUUACACAAGAAUCCUGCGCGGGUGUUACUAUCCUUGAUCUGUCUUUUACCGUGCAUCUCUUUGGUUCUGUUAUUAUUCCUGAGACAUAAAAUUAAUGUCGGACUCACCUCGAACGAUAGACAUGUUCGUAUUAUGCAUAUAUAUAUAUAUAUUCGUGUGCAUGCCUGUACGCGGUUCACACAUUGAUUAUAAAUGUACAUAAUACGGCUUACACGGAAUCGCCACGGAGCACCACGAACGUAUGUAAAAUUAUACAAGAACCGCUCUCCCCCUUAAUAAGGCAAGGAAUGGAAUACACAUCAGUGCACACGAUAUUCUAUAAAAUAACUCACAAGCGGAAAAAUAGAACUUUCAAGGAAUCUAUAUCGAAGUCAUUGUAACAACGGCAGUAACGACAGCAAGACCUGACAGUAUAAAUUGCCAUCGAAAAAAUUCCAACGAUAUACAUACAUAUACUGCGAUAACAGUCAAAUAUUGCCGAUAUUUGGCAAGGUCCGACGGAAUGAUGAUCGUUGGGCGACACAAGUGAAGUGUGAGAAGGAAGUGCAAAAUUAUUAAUCAACGCCUGGUUAUACACACUCACCCAUGUAUACUUGGAGGAAACAAUUGGUGUCGGAUGCAAGUGUUGAAUUGUGUCCAUUUCCAGGAAGAUUUUUCGUACGAUGAUACAUACUUCUGAGCAUAACGUUUGCUUGUAUUGCGGAAGUAUUUCCAAAUGAUUUAUUCAGUUAAACAGCCACGAUGAUAGUGCACCAAAAGAGUAUUAUCUUUAUUUCAUCCGGUGUAAGGUAAAUUUCUCCAUUGAAUCACGCAUAACUAGACUAUUUGCCAAAUGUUGACGGAAAUUCAAUCGAUACUUAUAUUCAUGCCAAUUAACGACAAGAACUGUCUUCGUCGCUCUUACGAUUCGUGUAGCAUUGCGUUGAUGAAAUGAAAAACAUGAAAAAUAUGAAAAGCAAUAAAGGCACCUAAGUUGAGUUUCGCGAUGAACCAAGUCAAAGGCACAACUGUCACCCAGUCGCAUUCCGGGACUGUGACAAAUGCAUGCAAUGAGGAUGGUAACAACGAUCAGGAUGACGACGACGAAGACGGUAAUAAUCUGGCAAACAGCAGUCCUAGUCUCUUGGUGAACGAACUCAAGUCCACACCGGUAAGGUCCAGGCUUCUUACGGUUGAUGCAGACAAUUAUAUGUUGCGUCAAGGUCCUAGGGACCAUCAUCUAGGUAGUGAUACAAUUAUUGAGAAUGGUGGCAACCUAAAAAUAUGUUCACGAAUGUUCGGCAACUCAAAUGGUGAGAAUGUGCUGAAUAAAUCGUUAUACUCCCAUGGAUAUGCCAAUCUUAAGCUGUCUCCAACCACUAGAAACCCACAAAUUGAGUCAGAGUCCUUGCCGACCUACGACGUCCAGGCGUGUUAUGCCACGACAUGUUUUAAUUCUGGAGAUGGUGAUAAAGAUGACAAGGCAAAUACUGUUACUAACACAGCUACCCAGUUCAAUAGUCAUAACGAUGAAAUCCCGUUUGUCCUACCUGGUUCAGGUAGAGUCAGCUGUGCUCGCCCUCUGUCUUUUCACCGUGUUGUAUGCUGGUGCAAUAGUUUAGAGGAUGUGUCGAAAGCGCAAUGCCGAAAAAUGGACAAUGACGAAUCAGAUGUGUCGAUAAAGGGAUCGAGAACGUUGGACUAUCCUAGUGCUAGUAAUAACAGUAAUAUCAGCAGUAAUAAUAGCAUUAAAGGUAGCGGUGCAGUGCGUAGUCAUACUUCAAUUAAUAACAGUUGCAAUAAAAAGGGACUAUUCAAGGUAUCCGCUAAUGUGACAAAUCUUUGUUGUUGUAUGUGCGGUUCUUUGUGCCCAACAGAGUGCCACGCAUGUUUUCACCUUGUCUGCGCCGAGUACAACGAACAACAUCUAUGUCAAUGGAUAGACAAGGAUCCAGCACGUUCUGGCACUACGUAUGAUAAGGAAAAGCCGGUCAACGAGUGGACUGCCUCAAAUGUGGUUGAAUGGAUGUCAGCCUUGAACCUUUAUCGUUACGCAGACGUCUUCAAGUCCAAGGAUAUCAAAGGAAGUGACUUGUUCCACUUGGACCGGGAUAAGCUUGUGAAUAUGGGAAUAAAAGAUGAGUUUCACCAGAAGAAUAUAUUGCUGUGUAUCGAAGAAUUGUGUCAUUCUGUACCUCAAAAUUCAACUCCGACUGCUAAUAUACAACAAACGACGCCCGGAGAAACGACCCAGAAUACCCUAGGUGCGACAUCACCCUCAACGAUAACACAAAGCGGAAUUCGUCAUUCCCUCGUACCUCGUAGCUUCAGUGUCCUCGAAAGAUGUGUCAAAUGUAAUAAAUAUCUGCGUGGACUGCUGCAUCAAGGCUUCUUUUGUCAAGCGUGUGGACUGGUUGCUCACAGAACAUGUUCUGCUACUGGGUUACCAUCUGAUUGCUUACCACCGGACAGUGAUUCUCACCUUACCAACUUCAAUACAGUCUUUGGUCUAGCAUUGUGCUCACAAUUUGAUACAACAACGCACACAGCACCGAUCUUGGUCGAGAGGUGCACCCAUGUACUUGAGGAUCAUGCUUUAACUGACAAUACUCUGGAUUUAUACAAAGUUUAUCAAAGUACACCUCCUAACGAGCAAAUGCUUGAACUUCGCCAAAAGAUAAUUGACGAUGUGAGCAAUGUAAAUCUGUCAAACUACAGUCCUCAGUGCGUCGCAAGUUCACUUAAGAAAUUUUUGCGAGAACUACCAGAUCCUGUAAUACCCGUACAGUGGUAUGAUACUUUUUUGGAAGCUUCCAAACUUCGAAAUGAUGAACAGUGUACCAAGUGCCUUUUCAAAUUAGUCGAUGAACUUCCGGAACAUCACAAGAGCACGCUUCGUCAUCUAAUGCUACACUUCUGUCGUAUAUGUCGAUUACAACAUGCCCGAGGCUACAGAGAACCACCGACAAUUCUCAUUCAAGUUCUUUGUCACAUAUUUCUACGUCCGCCAUGGGAGCGCAUCAUUCAAGUCGUUCAUAAUACGGAAGCCCACAUUCGCAUUAUGGAGUUAUUGUUGCUUCACGGGGACUGGGGUGAAAAACUACCAGAAUUCGCGAGUGCACCCCAAUUACCUCCCCGCAAGGUAUCAAGGCCACAGUUUCCUGUUGUCGAUCAAUUUUCUACAAUUAUGAUGAACGAUGACGAUUGCUGUAUGACUGGUAACGAAAAGUCGUUAACCGAUAGCAAUGGCAAAGAUCAGGUUCAACCGCAACAGCAGCAGCAUCGGCCUCGCAAUCUUCAGGAAGCCGAAUGGUACUGGGGCGACAUAACGAGAGACGAAGUCAACGAACGACUGACAGACUCACCGGACGGCACAUUUUUAGUACGCAAUGCCUCGUCAAACGAUGGGGAAUACACGCUCACACUGCGGAAGGGUGGAGCAAACAAGCUCAUCAAGAUUUGUCACCGCAACGGCAAAUAUGGUUUCUCGGAGCCUUUCAAUUUUCAAUCAGUAGUCGAAUUAGUCGACCAUUAUCGAAACUGCUCCUUAGCUCAAUACAACUCGACAUUGAACAUUAAACUUCUCUACCCUGUAUCAAGGUUUCAACAGGACGACGAUAUUGGUGGCAUGACGGACAUGAAAAAUGUGAUCCAAAAAUUUAUCGAACUGGAUAGAGAGUUAAGCCAGGCGAUGAAACAACACGAAGAUUGCUCAGAAUUGUACUUACGGACGUCACAUGAAGUGCAACUCAAACGACAGGCUCUAGAUGCAUUCACGGAAGCCAUAAAAAUGUUUGAGGAUCAAAUGAGGCUGCAGGAAAGAUUUCAAAAGGAAGCUCAACCCCAUGAAAUUAUGACCCUGACUACAAAUGCUGAGGUAUUGAAGCAGCGGCUGAUAUCUUUGGAAGAAAGCAAAGAGCAACUGGAUGAUAGCUUGCAGCAACAAAUUGCAUACCAUAGAACUCUGGAGCGUGAAAUGCACCAACUUAAACCAGAAGUAAUUCAACUCAAACGGCAGAAAGAGAAACAUCAAUUAUGGUUAAAGAAGAACGGUAUGAAACAGCAACGAAUCAAUCAGCUGGCAUCCAAUUAUUCAUUGGCAAAUGCAGCCGUCGUCGAAGAUUUACAGGAGUCAGACUUGGAGGUGCACGCAGAUGAGAAAACGUGGUUGUUUCCUGAAAUGACGCGAACCAAUGCCGAUCAUUUCUUGGCUGGUAAACCAGAUGGGACGUUCCUUGUUCGAAGAUCCACCACCGGACAAUACGCUCUAUCUAUCAUGUGCAACGGCACGGUGAAUCAUUGCAUAAUAUAUGCCACCGAACGAGGAUUUGGAUUUGCUGAACCCUACAAUAUUCAUGAAUCAUUGAAACAUCUUGUACUGCACUAUGCUCAGAAUUCUCUUGAGGAACACAAUGAAAGUUUAAAGACGACGCUGGUCUACCCAGUGUUCGCUCCGCCAACUGCCCUGAGUCGGCUUCAAGCACACAUGCAGGUAUAAAGUCAUACACUGUAUCUCGAUUGGCCUUUUUACGGUGAACGUAGAGGGUGUAAACUAUGACUAUGAGAUAUCAAUUUACGACAAACAUGUAUGGCAAAUGAAACACGCUGUUUGGUUUUGUUUAUUGUGAUUGCCAAUGCCCGGUCAAGUCCACAGACUUGAAUUUGCUGUACCUAAUUCAACUGCGGAAUUUUUGUACUUGAAGCGAUGGACCUAGCUACGUCCGUCGACAUUUAAUAGAACAACAAUCUGAACUAUUUUCUGUACGACUAUCCAACAAAACUGAUCUGCGCGAGUUUUCACUUUUGUUAUAUUAACAAUAGCGCAGAAUUACGCACCUUUCAGGUGCAGGGAAAUCUGCCCCCAGUAAAAUGUCAUACGUAUGAUGCGAAGCAAACUGAUUACCUUGUACAUAUUCGGCGAAAUUUUGAACCUGUACGAAACUGCGCUGUUUGACAGUGUGUGCCGAAGUCCCGAAAUCGUGAUCCUUAGCUUAUCACAGCUUCAUUGAAUGCUCAAAGACUGUUGAAUUACGAAAUAAUGGUGUAUACUUGUAUGCCAAACUACUCGGUGUUAUCAAUAAACCCAUUUUGUUUA